AUGGCAUCCAACGCCCAAGGAAGCCCCGUGAAGGCACUGCUUGUUGAUGAUACUGCAGUCGAUGCCUUGAUUCUCUCCACGAAGCUGCGCAAGUUUCACUGUGAGACUACGGUGGCGAAAACUGGGAAAGAAGCUUUGGAUUUGUUCCAUGAGGGGAAGAAGUUUGAUAUUGUUUUAUGUGAUAAGGACAUGCCCAUAAUGAAUGGCCUGGAGGCAGUUGAAAAGAUCCGAGCUAUGGGAGAAAUUGAUGUGAAGAUUGUUGGGUUGUCGGCCGAUUAUGAUGCCACGGAGGUGUUCAUGAGUGCUGGUGCUGAUGCAUUUGUGCCCAAACCAAUGAAGCUUGAUGUUCUCAGCGCUAUUAUUCAGGAGGUCAUCAACAAGAAGAACAAUACCAUGGUCUAG